ACGCAACGAGAGCGCCGACAAUUGGAGCCGCCGCGCACGCCAUCGGCGCGAGGGCAGCUUCCGGGCACAUCUCCUGCACGACGCGAGACUGACCGCACGCCGCCGCCGCGGCCAACGGGCAGCAUGGCCGAAGCCAAGGAAGAUGAGGGGGCAGCCCCCCCAGCCGAGUCCAAGAUCAGUGAGGAGGAGCUCGCCGCCGUCGAGGAGCUAGCGGCAGCACAUAAGUGGGUUUUAGGAGAUGUCUUCACGAAGCAAGAGCUCGCGCAGCACGGCGUACGAACCGACGCGGCCGUCUGUGCGGUCCUACAACGAUCUCCGUUCUUCGAGUUCUUCGCCCUACCGCCACCGGAGGAGGCCAAGGUUGAUCCGAACGAAGAGCAGUUCGACCCUGACCAAGUGGAACCCUUGAACGCCUUCAAUUUCACGAGCGGCGACCUGAAGCUUAUGCUUGACGAAAGAGGCGUAGCUCCCAAGGGCUUCUUCAAUGACGACGCUCGGACCUUACAAAAGCUCUUGGACGACGAGCAUGCGACAAGAAUAGCCGAGCUGCGGGCCGAGUUCAACGCGAGAGUCGCGAAAAAGAGACAAACGGAGUUCAGGCACAAGCACCGGCUGCAAGUCGUCAAAGGUAUAAGGGAGGAGGCCGACGUCAUUGUAGAUGCGGGCGAGGACGGGGAUUUGACGCAGCGAUUGAUGGAGCUCCAUGAGCAGGCGCCUCAAGUGUUGAGUAUUGCCGAUGUGCUCAGAGCGUCACCAAAUCCAUCCGCGGCGGGUCGGUGCCUGGCCAAGGUGCUUUAUAGUCGUGUUACUUCCAUAAUAUCGUUGGAUCUCAGUCGUGCUCGCUUGGAUGAUACGGCUUGCGCGUAUGUGGCGCGAGCUUGUAGGGCGCCGGGCUCGGUCCUAGCUUCCUUGGAUCUCGAGGGGAAUGAGGCCGGUCCUAAAGCCUGUGAACAGUUAGCGGAGACCAUUGCUCAAACUUCGUUGAAGGCGCUGAGCCUCGAGGGCAAUAAUCUAACGCAAGGUGGUGAAGACGGUUUCAAGGAACUGUGUAGAGGGCUACGCUCCUCGUCAUUAACGCGGCUGUCGCUGUGGCGGUGUAACCUGCCUCAAUCAUGCGGCCCAUCGCUGGCCGAGGGCGUCGGUCCUUCACUCUUUCUCCUCGAGACUGGAGGGAAUCUAUUUCUUGAGAGAGAUUUAGAUGACAUCGAGGAUCGACUGCGGGCGAACCGUAAUGAUAGAGAUCAGAAAGCGGAAGAAGCGCGGCUGCUGCGACGGCGGACGCGGAAAGAGCAAAAAGCCAAAGCUGCCGCCGAUGCGUUGGCCGCAAAGCAACGCGACGUCGAGGAGUUCCUGGCGCGGCGCAAGCAGGAGCGCGCCGAAAAACGGGAGCAGGAGGCGAAGGAGAAGGCCGAGGCCGAGGCCCAGGCUCUGCUGGAGCGCGAGGCGCGCGAGAAGCAGCGUUUAAAGGAGGCCGCU